GAGUCUGAACCAGGCCAUCUUCCCACGCAGCAAUGGCGCCCACGCUUGCGACCGCCCAUCGCCGGCGCUGGUGGAUGGCAUCCACAGCCAUCAUCGAGAACCUGCUCUUCUCUGCUGUCCUGCUGGGCUGGGGGUCCCUCCUCAUCAUGCUGAAAGCAGAAGGGUUUUAUUCCUACCUAUGCUAUGAUUUAGAUGGUGCAGAAAACAUCACCAGCAGCCCUGAACACAAGAACAGCACAGAUUCAGAGCACAAAUGGCCUUCCUGCAAUGCCCAGGAUGAAAUGCUGAACUUGGCCUUCACCAUUGGGUCCUUCCUGCUCAGUGCCAUCACGCUGCCCCUGGGGAUCGUCAUGGACAAGUAUGGCCCUCGCAAGCUGCGGCUGCUUGGCAGUGCCUGCUUUGCUGUGUCCUGUGUGAUGAUCGCGUAUGGUGCCAGUAACCCAGACUCCCUGUCUGUGCUGAUAUUCAUUGCGCUGGCCCUGAAUGGCUUUGGUGGGAUGUGCAUGACCUUCACAUCGCUGACGCUGCCCAACAUGUUUGGUGACCUUCGUUCCACGUUCAUUGCUCUGAUGAUUGGCUCCUAUGCUUCCUCUGCUGUGACUUUUCCAGGAAUCAAGGUUAUAUAUGACUUUGGGGUCUCCUUCAUCCUUAUUCUGCUUGUCUGGGCAAGCUGUGCAGGACUAGUUUUCCUCAACUGUUUCUUCAAUUGGCCACUGGAGCCUUUCCCAGGACCAGAAGACAUGGACUAUUCGGUGAAAAUAAAGUUCAGCUGGCUGGGAUUUGACCACAAAAUCACUGGGAAGCAGUUUUACAAGCAAGUAACGACUGUGGGGCGCCGUCUCAGUGUGGGGAGCUCCAUGAAGGGCCCCAAGGAGCCAGCAGCUUUGCAAGAGAACAACAAGCUCUGUCUAUCUACGGUGGACCUAGAAGUGAAGUGCCAGCCUGACAACACAGCUUCUCCCUCCUUCAUGAAGAGUGUCUUCAGUCCUAUCUUGUUGCUCAGCCUUAUCACCAUGUGUGUCACUCAGCUGAGGCUCAUCUUCUACAUGGGGGCCAUGAAUACCAUCCUUGAGUUUCUAUCUGGAGAUGAAGAUCAAGUGGCUCUCUACACUUCCAUUUUUGGGGUAUUGCAGCUGCUGUGCUUGCUGACAGCGCCUGUGAUUGGGUACAUCAUGGACUGGCGAAUGAAAGAAUGCGACGAUGGCUCAGAAGAGAAUGAGGAGAACAACGCUGAGCAAAGUGACAAGAAAAAGCCAAAACGUGAUCGUCAGAUCCAGAAAAUCACCAAUGCCACCAAUGCCUUUGUAUUCACAAACUUCCUGCUGGUUGGAUUUGGAAUCACCUGUCUUAUUCCUAAUCUACCGUUGCAGAUUCUUUCCUUCAUUUUGCACACAAUCGUGAGAGGAUUCAUCCAUUCAGCUGUGGGAGGUCUCUAUGCAGCUGUAUACCCCUCUACUCAGUUUGGCAGCUUGACAGGGUUGCAGUCGUUGGUCAGUGCCCUUUUCGCCCUUCUGCAGCAGCCUCUUUUUAUGGCAUUGACGGGACCUUUGGAAGGAGACCCUCUCUGGGUGAACGUUGGCUUGCUUGGCAUGAGCCUCCUGGGUUUCUGCCUUCCAAUCUACCUGGUCUGCUACAGACGCAGGCUAGAGAGAGAAAGAAAACAGAAGAUAGAGGAUUCCAAACUGUUCUACAAAAUCAAUGGCACUUCCAAUGAGGAAGCCUUUGUUUAAACUGGUGCUUCAAAUACAACCUCCCCUGUACAGGUUCCUACCACAUCCGUGGGUUCUACCUGUGGUGUAAGCCAGGCUUUUUCUCUCCUGGCUCUGCCAGUCUUUGCUCAUCACUGAAGUGAGGGCUGGACAUCAUGACUGAGUUUUCCUCAGAUAUAUGGCAGGAGGAGACUUCUCACUCCUUACUCCAGAACACGGGACACUUUUUUCCUUUUUUUUUUAAAGGCCACGCAGAUAUUGUGUCUUAAAUUAUCCCCUGAUCAUACUCUCCAGCGGCAGAGUCUCUGCGUAGGAAACUGGGGAGAGAAGGAGUAGAGGGAUGGGGGAAGAGGGAAGAAAGACCAUAAUUUGAGUCUGCAAAUCUAACUCUGAAGUCUGUCUUCUCCCUCUCUUCCCCCAACCUUGGCUGACAUCACCUCAGAUGCAACUGCACUCUCCUCCCACCCUGGGGCUCCAUAAUGGUCUUUCUGCUUGAUAUGGAGCUGGACUCAGUGGUUUUACUGUCUAUCCAGACAUACCCCAGACUGCUUCUGAGGCAGGGAAGGGGGUUUUAUUCCUAUGUGUAUGAGCACAGCUUCAGUGUAUUGCUAAAUGUUGGUUGCUAGCACUGACAGCUCCCAAAACUUUUAGUACUGCAAAUGACACAGACUGUGAGCAAUGGAUCUGCCUUCCACGCUGAAAUGAAGAGCCUAGUGGACUGCUCGGUCCUAGACCAAGCCUUCUAAGGCCUGGAAUUCCUCUUCUUCCUGGCCAACAAACCACCUGUAUGUGUUUUAAACUCUCUGCCGUCCUGGAACCUUUGGAUAGGAAUUGGAUCAUGUUUACUGAUGAAGUGCUUUGAGACUUGUUGCCUUUUGCCUCCUCUUCCCUCCGACAUGACCUUGGGAGGGGAGCAGCAGUGUGUAUCGAGUGAAGUGGAGAAGCUUCUUGAAGCUGAGUUCUGGGGCUUCGAAUACUUCUGGUGUUCACCUGUCAUGAGCUGACUUGCUGUUGAAAAGAAUCAAGAGUGCACAACACUCCUUUGUGUCCAGUAACUGGAUCUUGUGGACAUACGGCAGGGUGAUGUGGUGAUGUAAUUCUUCCUCUAGACAUAGCUUCUUUGCAUUGUUCUGAUAAAAGUCCCCAAGCUGCUGAACACCAGGUUACUGUAACUGACCAAAAAGCUACCGGUUUGGCUGUAUUAAGAGCCUUCUAUGAUGUUGAUGCUCUGUCUGGACAGAGUACCUGCUGAAUGAUUGUACGGUGAAGCUGACUUACAGAGCAAUACACAAGGGUAAAGGUGCCCCAGGCCUGCUCACCAUAGAGGGAAUACAAAGGGAAUUCUUAACCUGCUUAUUUUUAUAGAGGUUUUGCUAAGUCUUGUCUAAAGUCAACUUUUCUGCCCUUAGCGUUUUUGUUGAGAUCAGUAGCUCAGCCUCUGUUGCCUUGUGACUAGUGUUACCAGCUGCACCAUUUGGACCUGCUGGGAGCAGAUCUGUUGAGGAUGGACAUCACCAGCGGGUGAGCAGCAGCACAUGUGCUGGGCUGAGCUACUGGCUGCAGGAAGGUUGGGGGCAGAAAUAAAACAGUUAUGAAGAUGUAGGUGGUGCUUUCUGAACUGCCAACUCCUGUGUUACUGAAAAGCCUGGUAAGGGGGUAAGUCAUUCAACUUCUUUGUCUGGUUAGAAAAGUAAUCACUGACUCAAUCACUGCCCUGCUCUAAGCUGUGGAUUAGAAACAACAGUGCACCCGGACUUUCCUUUGAGAAACUACCUGGAAACUGGGUGUUAACUCCUUUACUGAUGCUUUGAAGCAUGCAGACGCUUACCCCAGCCAGGUCCUCACCUUCCCAUAACGGCAAGCUUGGUGACCUCUUGCACAGAGCAUGGGCAGGACCGAGGGAAGCCCUGAGAGUCCCUGGCUGGUGGCCUUGCCCGCGCAGGAUGAGGAGGCAGCUCUGUGGGACAGCAGCGCCAUCUCCAGUCACUGCCCCAGCCAGCCUCCUGUGGGCAGUUCAGAUGCUACUCCACUCCACGGUACCUUCCAGUCUCCAGUCACUCUUCAAAAUGACUCGCCACUUGAGUAUUUUACACAUUCGUGGAAUUUUUUUAAUGUGUUGCCUUUAUUAAAUGUGUUUGUUCCAAGACAGCCUUAUUGCCUGCUGUCGACACUUUACUUUUCUAGAAAACUUCUCGUCUUUUGUUGGUCUCUUGCUUUGGUGAUGAUUUAGUGACUUUCCCAACUUUUCUUUUGUGUCAAGCAAUAAUUAAGAGGCAGAGUUUUGAUUUGUUUUCCUAAUCACCUGGCAUUGUCUCAAGUACAUAUUGAGAGACCCACCAGCAGUAGUACAGCUUGCCUAGAUUUCCAGAGGGCUUUCUGCAGAUUUCUGCAUUUCAUAUUGCCACUAAAUAUUUUGAGAUGAUUCCUACUCUUGCUCUGAGAUGUUUGACAUGACAAUGACAGAUUAAGUAUUUAUUUUAUUAUAUUUUUUUUUUUAGUAAGAGCUCAGACAGGUGAGUGCCUGAGCCACAGUCCUGACUCGAUGUCUUAAAAGAGCUGUUGGAGGGUGUCAGUGUGUUAAUUCAGCAUUACUUCCACCCCAGCUGCCUCCCUACUGCAGUUCCCAGCUCCUGCCCUUUAUUAGGAAUCUCCUCUCAUCCAUUUUCAUCUGAUAAAAUGGUGGAUAUACAUGCUUAGUGUCUCUGCUGAUGUGCCAUGGUGUUUAGAAGCUGCUGGUCGGCUGUAAGGAAUGGAGCUCAUGCCUUUGAGUCACAGUUUCUGUUUGCAGCUUGGGAGGACAGUGUGCCUUUUGGCUUGCAGUCACAAGGACUAGGGGGUAGACAAUGAAGUUUUAGUUGUGGAGGGCUGAGCAGACAAACGGGAGAGCUUUCUCACACAGUGCGAAGUCAAGCCGUGGAAUUCAUUGCUGCAGAACAUUGUUGGGAACAGGAGUAUAACUGUUGGGUUUUUUUUUUUCCUUUUAAAAAGGGGCUGGUUCAACAAUAGUCUGAUGCAUCCACUAACUCAGGGAGAUUUUAAGUUGCUGUAAAUAAGAAAGUUAUGCCAAGGAAAGAUUACUUUUCUACAUGCUUUGUCUCUUAAGAAUUGGUCAAAGACAGAGAAAAUACAUGCCGGGCUGGGUGAAAAGCUGGUCUGAUCUUGUGGGGUUUCAUUUACUCUGACAGUUGUGAACAAAACUACUUUUAAAAGCAGUCUCAAAUCUAUCUAUUAAAAAAAAAAAAUCAACCCCUGUGUCUGUAUGUAAGAUGUGCCAAUACUGAUUGUGGCAUAACUGCUUAAAUGCUGCACCUCCUGCAGGGGUGAGCCCCUCAGAGGGCAGAGUGUUCUGGCUUCAGCCAGAAAUGAUGUGUUGCAUGGUGCAGAAACAAACCCUGUUGGCAUGGUCCUGUUAUACGUGAUUGUUCAUGGGCAGUUUGCCUCCAUCUUUGAUGCUUAUGGGAAUGUAAUUGUGGAUUACUUAACAUUUGGAAUGGGAAAACAGCUUGGCUGCUUUCUAGCCAAGUGAUGCAGGACCAAGAAAAUUCCUGAUGCGUUCUUCUAUGUGCAUGAGCCACCUUGUGGAAAAAAAAAAUUAAUGGGCUACCAAAGACCAGACAGUCACAUCAAUUUAAAUCAAUAAUGCAUUUACCUGAAUAGCUUAAAUAUAGGUCAAUGUGUUUAACUACCUUCAUUAUUCCUAAACGCUAGAAUUUGUAGGGUUGGGGGUUUUUUUAUGCCCUUGUACCCCCUUACCCUCAUCCAUGUGAGAAGUAUGAGGAGGUUAGUCAUAGGAAAGAUCUCAUGUCCUCCACAGAAGCAUCCCCAGGUGAAUGUAAUGAAGCAGAAGCUUGAUCUGUGAGUAUUUGCUAUUUGUAGGAGCCCUCAGAGUCAAGGGCGUUGGUGUGUAAAGGUGAUUGCACCUUCUGGAAACACUGCUUCUGGCCUCUACACUCUUACAUGUGCUUAAUAUGCAUCUGUAUUUAAAAAAAGAAAAAAAAUUAACAGUGGUGAAGGGAGGGUGACAGCUUUUCCCUUUCACUAAUCUGUCAGUCCCUAAGCCCUACAGACACAGUCUUUAUAGCACUAAUGAAAUGAUGCUAUCAAGAGUAGCAGAGAAAAUCCGUGCUAUGUUACUUAAUAGGACACUUAUAACAUUGUUCAGUUACUGUCAUAGAGUAUCUGGACCCUUGAGAUGAAACCGGACACAGAUAUCUGCAAGAAAAAAAAGAGCAAAUCUUGCUGAGGCUUCAACUUAACUGCAAUGCUGCUACAGCCAUUGAAAUGUUUAACUCCCACAAAAAAGCCUGGCCUCUUCAUGCUCUGUCUGCAAAGGAAAAUUGUAGGAUAAUGAGAUUUUAACGAAGUCAGUAAAUCACUAGAAUGUUUUAAAGUAGGAGAUUUCCCUCUUGACAGGCUGAUGAAUUUGGAAAAUAUGCCACAAAAUAUAAAGCAGAUACUGUAGGGUAAAAAGAAUGAAAUCUUUAAAACUACAUGUUUUGUUACUUCCCCCCCACCUUGAGUCCCUUCUGCAUCUGCAGAGCUCUUGGUAUUCCCUAAUUCCCAGUUUGGAAGUGCAAAAUAAUAAUGAAAACUAGUAUGACAGCAGGAUUCCUGAUGGGAUUGAAACUGUUAUGUUGGGUUUGGUUUUUUUUAAAUUAAAAAAAAAAAAGCACCAUUUCUGAUUUAUAUUCACAAUGUUAUCUUCUCUGGAAUAGCUGAAACAAUGAUGUGUUAUGUAGAUGCAUUCUUACAUGUUUUGCUCCCUGUGCUGCUCAGCCUGUCUCUGCGCAAUCUGUUUUUAUCAAGUGUCCUGUGCCCCAUGCUGUCAUCUACUGCUGCUUGUCACUUCCUUGUGCCUGGCCCUCUGUCACUUGCAUUUUAUUCCCAGGACAACCCUUUCUCUCAGAAAGCCCCAUCUUUUUAACCUGCCAGCAUCGGCCUCCCCCAACUCCUCCUCUUCACCAAAUUUUUUGUGAUGUUUGUCGAAUUGUAAGCUCCUUGGGGCAGGCCUGUGUCAUCUCUUCUGUGUUUGUAAGGUGAUGUGCACUCUUGCAGUACUAUCUAGAAAUAAAUGUGGUAAUAAGUUAAUCAUUAGCUUUCCUUUGAGGCUGAACAUAAUAAAGGUAUUGUUCCCUCCCUACCGAAACUAUGUAAGCAUGAAUGCUUUACACGGUGUCAUCUGCCAAAGUGCUUGGCUGCAUGUUGAGUGUUUGUCUUUUUCUUCUCUAGCUUAGGAGCUAACAGCCAGAUGUCAAUUAAUCACUGUUGAGGGGGGGAACUAUAAUCUUAACCCAAAUAAAUAAGAAACCCCCAAAAAACCCAGAGACAGCAGGUUGAGAGAGAGAUGAAGCUCACUUAUACAGGCUAAACUGGUAUCAAAUACUGAAAGAUGAGCAACUGGGCCUUGAAUGGGAACGGUACAGAAGAGGUACAGAGUGUCGAUACAAAAGCCGCACAUUUUGGUUAUCCAUGCUUGAGCCUGGUGAUGCUAAAUGUAUGGCGUUUUAUUUUUCCAAUCAAAUAAAGACAAUCCUUGCUCUGAUUCCAGUGA